AUGGCUCAAAGCAAUUUCGACCGUCGUCGCAUCAACGGUCCCGAAGAGAGUCAUCCGCCAACCUUUGAUUUCGAUGACGCGGAACAGUCUGUACCUCUUCAACGAUCAGGAGGGCGCACUGCAGGCGAUAUACGACCCAUUUUUCUCAAGCCUGGACUGAUAAGCCAAGCAAAUGGCUCUGCAUACAUAGAAACCGAACGGACAAAGAUUGCUUGUGCAGUCUAUGGUCCUCGGCAAUCCAAGACCACUGUAUACAGUGAGAAUGGGCGACUUAAUGUCGAAGUCAAGUUCGCCCCGUUUUCAUGUACGCGUAGAAGGGCCCCAAUGAGGGAUGCAGAAGAUAGAUCUGUCGCCAUGCAGAUACAGCAAGCGAUCCUGCCAUCAGUCAGAUUGGAGCUUCUGCCAAAGUCGACCAUCGACAUUUUCAUCACUGUCAUUGAAAACGAUGGCGUUGAAGGAUGUAUCGCUGCUGGUUCAGUUGCUGCCAGUGUUGCACUUGCCGAUGCUGGUAUAGAGAUGCUCGGGCUUGUAAUGUCAUGUGCCGCAGCGACUGUAGGCAAAGAGAUCUGGCUGGACCCCACAGAGAAAGAAGCCUUAGCGGGAUCGGGAAGUCUGGUCUACGCUGGGAUGCCGGCACUGCGAACAAUUACCAGCAUAUGGCAAUCCGGUAAUAUGACGCAGGAACAAGCUUUUCUGUGUAUGGAAGCGUGCGAGGAAAGGUGCACGGACAUCCACGCUGUAGUAGCUCAGGCUUUGCUGGAGAGUGCUCAGGUUAUUUGA